CACGCAUCAGCUGUCAUGUCAACUUCUGUCAAGUUUGUUUAGAUAAGAGGUUAUAAAUGUUAUAAUAAUAAUGGAUAAAUUAAUAAAUCCCAUUAAUUGUCUAAAAAAAUAUUCAUUAAUCUCUACUAAAUUAUAUCAAAGAAUUAUAAUCAAAAGACCUAGCAGUUCAGAUUCCAAAAUACCAGAUGCAACGAGAAUUAGGAACUUCAGUAUCGUAGCUCAUGUUGACCAUGGCAAGAGCACCUUAGCUGAUAGAUUACUGGAGAUAACUGGUGUCAUAAAACCUGGAACAGAACAUGCUCAAAUUUUAGAUCAGUUACAAGUAGAAAGAGAAAGAGGAAUUACUGUAAAAGCUGUUACAGCAUCACUAAAUUACACAUACAAUGGUGAACAAUAUUUAUUGAAUCUUAUAGAUACACCAGGCCAUGUGGAUUUUGCCAAUGAGGUUGUUAGAAGUGUAACUGCAUGUCAGGGAGUAAUCAUGUUGGUAGAUGCCAAUGAGGGUGUACAAGCACAGACAGUUGCAGUCCAUUCUCUUGCCAAAAGGAACAAUUUAUAUAUAAUACCCACCUUAAACAAAGUGGACUUACCUAGAGCUAAUCCUGAUAAGGUUAAAACACAAUUAAAGACUGUUUUUGGCAUAGAUCCUGAUACAGUUUUGAGUAUAUCAGCAAAAAAGGGGUGGGGUGUUGAAGAAUUGUUACAAAGUGUAAUCAAGAGAAUUCCACCACCAGUUGUUAAAUUGGAUGAUCCUUUUAAAGCACACAUAAUUGAUACAUGGCAUGACAAAUAUAGAGGUGUACUAUGUUUGGCAUACAUCCAUUCGGGUAAGGUACAAUUAGGGCAAACAGUGAAGUGGAGGUUGGGAUCUAAACAACAGAUUGUUAAAUACUUAGCACUAUUACGACCCCAUGAAGAACCUAUAGAGGAAGCAGGAGCUGGUCAAGUUAUAAUGGUAGGUUGUGGCCCAAAAGGUGGAGGAUCGGUUGGAGACCAACUUUUAUCAACAGACUAUUCAGUCAGUGGAGAAGACGUAACAUUAGCCCCAGUGCGACAUAUGGUAUAUGCUGGAGUUUUUCCUGCUGAUCAAUCACAACAUACCCAACUUAGUGAUGCAAUAAAAAAAUUAUCUUUAAAUGAUUCUGCAGUCUCAAUCACACCAGAUAGUAGUCCUGCUUUGGGACAGGGAUGGAGAAUUGGAUUUUUGGGAUUGCUACACCUUGAUGUGUUUACACAGAGAUUAUUACAAGAAUAUAAAGCUGAAGCUAUACUUACUGCACCAUCUGUCCCUUAUAAAAUAAAAGUUAUGGGAACCAAAAUAAUAAGACAAUACAAAGGUGAAGAAGUGAUAAUUACAAAUCCUUUACAAUUACCCGAUGUCAAAAACAUAGCGGAAUAUUUCGAACCAUUUGUGAUAGGUACUAUAAUAACACCAGUAGAAUAUAUCGGAUCCAUAACUUCAUUGUGUAUAGACAGACGUGGCACUCCGCUGCCGUCGCAUGCUGUUGAUGAUAAAAUGACUAUGAUGCAAUACAUAUUACCGUUGUCUGAAGUGGUUGUUGAUUUUCAUGACACUCUCAAAAGCAUCACUUCAGGAUUUGCCAGUUUCGACUAUCAAGAUUAUGGCUUUCAUCCUAGCGUGUUAGUCAGGAUGGAUAUUUUGCUAAAUGGAACAUUAGUUGAAGAGUUAUCCACUAUUGUACAUGUUAGCCGUUUGGAAUAUAAUGCUAGAAGAUUAGCUGAGAAGUUAAAAGAAAUGAUACCACGACAAAUGGUGCAGGUCGCCAUCCAAGCUGUAGUAGGAGGGAAAGUUUACGCAAGGGAAACUAUAAAGGCGUACAGAAAAGAUGUCACAGCAAAAUUAUAUGGCGGUGAUGUGACUCGCCGAAAGAAGUUGCUAAAACAACAAGCAGAAGGAAAGAAAAAAAUGCGAAGUGUUGCUAACAUUAAUAUACCUAGAAAUACUUUUAUAGACGUGUUAAAGAAAUAAUAAUAAACGAUACUUAAUAGAUAACUGGCCUUUAAUAUCAUACAUUUGCUAAGAAAUCCUAUGAUAUUAAGGAGCAAAUAACGUUAUUGCUUAAAAUAUAUGUCUAUAUAGGGUUCAACUAAAUCAAAAUUAUAAAAACUUAGAAAAAUAGAAUUGUUUAUUAAAAAUGUUUAUCUAUAAUAGGGUCAUUUUCAUGGCUAACAAUAUAAAACUACGUAAUUUCAAAAGCAAUUAAUAUAUAAUUCUUAGGUCAGAUUAUGUAACAUUACAUUCAAUGUCGAAAAUAUAAAGGAAUGAUUACAUUAUGAUCCUUCACAGUGCUAUGAUUAAUAAUUCGUAGGUUUACUAUCACUUUACAUAGUCUUCUCUAUUCAAAAUAAGUAUAUAAUAUAAGGGCAGCUGAGAAUGAAAUGUAAAAACUUAAGACUACGGAAACGGAACUACUUAAUUCUAUGAUUCAAAUUUUCAGCUAACUGAAAAGUACAGGUGCGUGUGUAUUAAUGGGCCUUUUAAUAGAAAAAAAAAUAGAACCGAUGUAAUAGAGAUUAUACUCGUACUAUUGUAGCAUGGCGCCGUUAACUAAAAAUUUAUUUUAUUUAGAAAGGUUUACUAAAUAAAUUGCUUGAGAGAAAAUGCAUAGCAUUGACUGGAUCUUUAAUUACAUUACUCGACACAGCAGACUAAUUUUUGACGAAACUAUGUAGAAAUCAAAUCGUUAAGGUGAUUUCAUGGCAUUUGCUCGUUGUUGGCAUUAUCUAUCGUUAGCAAAUAUUUGAGUAUUUAAUAUAUCAUAUUAAAAUAUCAUUUGACGUCAAUGGUGGUUUGAUUUCGAUAGCGUCGCGUCAAAGCUCAGUCUGAUGCUUUUUUACAGUAAAGAUGCUAAAAUAUUAACUGCCACUAGCACCAUUUUACAAUGAGCGGAGCAUAAGCUUUACGACGAAAUAGCUUUUCUUUAUAGAUAUAUUAACAGUAACAGGAACUUUUUAAUUUGUUCCUACUUUAAAGUUUGUAAAUUAAACAUCUGAAAUCGACAAAUUGCGAUAUCUACACUACACAACCAUUAAAAAUGUGAUUAAAACUGACAUUUUAGGUUGAAAUUUUUACUCACGAACAUCA